AUGCCUAGUGGAUGGUUCAACUGGUUCGGCGCAUUUUGGAAGAUCCCAGAUGCCUACGCACUCACCCAUCAAACCCUCGACGCCUAUCUCUUCAUUCGCUAUCUCAAAAUCUGUACCGUCAUCUGUUUCGUCAGCUUGUGUAUCACCUGGCCCAUUCUUUUCCCCGUCAAUGCGACGGGAAAGGGAGGCAAGUCGCAGCUGGAGAUUCUGUCCUACAGUAACGUCAACGUCGACGAGUCGCCAAAUUACUUCUUCGCCCACGCCUUGGUUGCAUGGGUUGUUUACGGCUUUCUAAUGUACAUGAUUACGCGCGAGUGCAUCUUCUUCAUCAACUUGCGCCAGGCCUACCUUUUGACUCCUCAAUAUGCCAAACGCAUCUCGGCCCGUACCGUUUUGUUCACCUGUGUCCCCAAGGAAUAUCUCAACGAGGCCAAGAUUCGCCAAAUGUUCAACAAUGCAGUCAAGCAUGUCUGGAUUGCCGGAAAUACCAAGGACUUGGACGAGAAGGUCGAGGAACGCGACAAGGUUGCUAUGAAGCUGGAGGGCGCCGAGGUUAAACUGAUAAAGGCUGUCAAUGUUGCUCGAACCAAGGCAUUGAAGAAAGGCGGAAAUGACAAUGAGAACGAGCAGGACACAGAAACGGCUGAUAUAAUUUCCAGAUGGGUUCCUGACAAGAAGCGACCCUCGCAUCGUCUUGGCCCAUUGGGCCUUGUUGGCAAGAAGGUCGACACGAUUGAAUGGUGCCGCUCUGAGCUCGAGAAGAGCAUCCCAGAGGUGGAGAAGGCUCAGCUCGGAUGGAAACAAGAGGGAAAUUAUGAAAAGGUAGGAUCGCUGUUUGUUGAGUUCCACACUCAAGCCGAUGCCCAAGCGGCCUUCCAGGUUAUCACCCACCACCACGCUCUUCAUAUGAGCCCAAAGGCCAUUGGUGUGAAACCUGUCGAUGUCAUUUGGAAGAACCUGUCCAUUCCAUGGUGGCAACUCAUUCUGCGCCGCUAUGCUGUAUACGCCAUUGUUGCGGCUCUCAUCAUCUUUUGGGCGAUCCCCGUUGGUAUCGUUGGUAUCAUUUCCCAAGUCUCUACUCUCACCAAACUUCCUGGCCUGACCUGGCUGAAUGAUAUUCCCGAGAAAAUCCUCGGAGUCAUCUCCGGCUUGUUGCCGGCGGUCGCCAUCUCUAUCCUCAUGUCGUUGGUUCCCGUAAUCAUGCGUGCUUUGUCCCGGGUCGCCGGAGCCAAGACCAACACCGAAGCCGAGUUGUUCACCCAGAAUGCGUACUUCUGCUUCCAGGUUCUCCAAGUCUUCCUCAUUCGAUCUAUCACUGAUGCCGCCUCUACUGCAAUUGUACAGAUUGCCCAGAAUCCUAGCUCAGUUUUCUCCAUAUUGGGAGGUGCCCUGCCGACUACAUCUAACUUUUACAUUUCUUACUUCAUCGUUCAGGGUCUCACAAUUGCUAUCGGUGUUGUGACCCAGGUUGUCGGCCUGUUCAUCUUCAGAUUGUUGUACAAGUUCCUUGCCAGCACUCCUCGCGCCAAGUAUGCCAAAUGGACUACUCUGAGCGCCAUCCUCUGGGGAAGCCUCCUGCCUGUCUAUACCAACAUUGUAGUUAUCAGCAUUGUGUACUCUGUCAUCGCACCCCUCAUUCUGUUCUGGUCUACUUUGGCACUCUUCCUGUUCUAUCUCGCUUAUCGGUACAACCUCCUCUUUGUUUCCGAUACUGCCGUCGACACUCAGGGGUUGAUCUACCCUCGAGCUUUGAAGCAACUCUUCACUGGCAUCUACCUCGGCGAGAUUGUGAUGAUCGGCAUGUUCUCUGUGGUCAAGUCACCGGGACCGGCUGUUCUUAUGGCCAUUUUCUUGGUCUUCACAAUCCUCUUCCACAUCACCAUGACAAGGAGUCUCAACCCUCUUCUGUAUGGCCUUCCCCGCACGCUCGAGACUGAGGAGGCCAUUUUCCAGGCUCGUGGUUCUGAUAUCGACACGGAAGAAGCCAACAGGGAGACGAGCAAUGAAGGUGACGUAUCUAAUGGUGCAAAGGGGGAUGCAUCCACCAAGAAGAUUUUGUCGGGUGGUAAUGAUUACGGGCUUGAGAAGAAGGGCAAUCUGUUUUCUCGCUUCUUAAAACCCUGGGUGUUCUCGGACUAUGCUACUCUGCGACACAUGGUCCCCCAGGAGCAGAGCAUCAACUUUGCCCAGCUCCAGCAGGCUGGUGAGGAAAACGAGCGCAAUGCUUACUUCCCACCCAGCGUCAACAGCCAGCCUCCUCAACUCUGGGUGCCGCGCGAUCCUAUUGGUGUAUCGAAGCAUGAGAUUGCACUCACGAGCAGAGUCAUUCCAAUUAGCGACAAGGGCGCUCACCUGGACGAAAAGAACAAUGUUGUUUGGUCCGAGGAUUUGACCGACAAGGAGGAACUGCCUCCCAUCUACGACGAGAAGGUCUACUACUAG